AUGAAUAAAAUGAAGAGUCAACAAAAGAAAAGUUUAAAAGAUUCUAAUUUAAUUAAAAAGAAUAAAAAAAUAGUGACCAAUUUAGUAGAAAAAAAAAAAAAAAAUAUAUGUGAUAUUGAAAAUGAAGAACUGAAUAAAACUAAAUUAGGAAAUGUAGAUGAAAAUGUUAAAAAAAGAAAUGAAAAAAUUGGUGAAAUAAAAAAUGAAAAAUUGCAGAAUAAUAUGAAGUAUUCUAAAAUUGAAAAUAAUAAAAAUAAAAAUAACCAUUUAAAUAGUAAAGUAAAAAAUGAUAAUAUAAAAAUGAAUGAAAAAAAAGAAGAUAUAAAAAGUAAUGUAAAUGAUUCAAAAAAGUCAAAAAGCUUAAAAGGAAAGGACAAUAAUAAAUUAAAUAUAAAAAAGAAUGUAAGAGAAAAUGAAGAAAAAAAGAAAAAAACAAAUUUCAAUGAUGAUUCAAAAGAUAAAGAAGAAAAAAGUGAUAAACAUCUUCUCAAAAUUAAUAAUAAGCUAAUUUCAAAAAAUAAAGAUAAAAAUAAUAAAUUAAAAAAUAAUAAUAAUAAUGAUAAUAGUGAUAAUAAUAAGAAUAAUAAUUCUGAUAAUAAGAAUAAUAAAAAUAAAAAUAAUAAUAAUAAUUUUAAUAAUGGUAGUAAUAAUAAUUAUAAUAAUAGUAACAGUAAUGAUAAUAAUAAUAAUAAUGAUAAUAAUAAUAGUGAUGAAAAAAGUAAAAGAGGAAUAGAAACAUCUCCAUUAAAAGACUUGAAAAAAGAAAAUUUAGAUGAUAAAAAAAAUUUUUCUUUGAGAACUUUAAGAAAAAAUGUAAAUGAGAAUGAUAAAGAAAUAGAUAAUAAGAAAAAUUGUGAUGAAGUUAUAAAUGAAAAAAAAGAAAAAGUAAAUAGUGUCUCAUCAAAUAAAAAUACAAGUAUAUCAUCAUUAAUCGAUAAAAAAAAUAAAAAUAUGAAAAAAAGUAAUGAAAAUUUAAAUGAAUUAAUGAAUCAUAAAAUUAAUUCAAAAGAGGAAAAUUCAAAGCUAUCAAGUAGUACUGAAUCAAAAAAAAACACUAAAUCAGAUAGACUCAAAAAUAAAAAAAAUAUGAAUCAAAAUAGUGAAAAUGAAGAAUUAGAAAAUAUGGUUUCUCUAGAAGAAAAAGAUGGUAAAAAAGUAAAUACUAAAGGAUCAAAAAAAAUGAGUGAAAACGAAACAUAUAUAAAUAAAAAAAAGAUUAUUGUAGAAAAAAAAAAAGGAAAUCAAAGUGAUUAUGAUAAUACAAACGAACAAAUUUCAAAAAAAAAAAAGAAAUCAAAUAAUGAAGAAAAUGAAGUAAAUAGUGCAAAAAAAGGUAAACUAUUAUUGCAUUCUAAUAAAAAAGAUGAUACAAAAAAUAGUGCAGUUGUACAAGAAAAAAGUAAAGAAAAUACAGAAAAUAAUAGAGAACAAGAGACAAAAAAAGAAGAAAAAAAAAAUAAAAAGAUAAUUAAUAAAGAUAAAAUAAAAACCAAAAAGAGUAAAGAUGAAGAUGAAAGUGAAGAAGAAAUAGAAAAAGGAGAACAAGAAGAAAAUGAAAGUGACGAGGAAAAUACAGUAAAAAAUAAAAUGGAAAAUUUAAAAAAAAAAAGUAGUGAAAAAAAACAGAAAGAUGAGAAAAGUAAAGAUAAAAAGUCUUAUUGUAAAUCUGAUUAUGAACAAGUAAAAGGUGGAAAUAAAGAAUUAUUAAGAAAAAAGGAUAAUAAUGAAGUAAAUGAAAAAGAAGAAAAUAAAAAAAUAGUAAGUAAAGGAAAAAAAGAUAUUAAAAAUGAAAAGGUUAUGGAUAAUUGUGAAAGUAAUUUACAAAAUAAAGGCAAUGAUGAAUAUAAUAUGGAAGCAAAAAAAAAUAGUUUAGAAGAGAAAGAAAAAAAAAGACAGUUAAAAGAAAAAUUUAUUAAACAAAUGAAGUUACAUAAAUAUGCAGAUGAUGAAUCUAUAUUAUUUAUUAAUAAUCCCAAUUAUGUUAUGGUUUUGUUAUUUUUAACUAUAUUUAAAGAUGUUUUAAAAAUUAACUGGAAUUUUAAGGAUAUAGAUGAGAUGUUUCAGAGAAAAGAAACAACAGAAUUUGGUAGAAAUUUUAUUUUAAAAUUGUUUUUUUUUUUGGGUAGGUAUUUUAAUUCUAAAUCUAUAUUUAUGUAUAAAUAUAUAUCUAGGAUAUUUGAAGAUAAGCGUUCAUCUUUAGUUAGGGUAGUAAAUUUUGAUGAAUUAUUUCCAGUUUUAGAAUGUAAAAAAGAAAUAAAAAAUAAUUUAGGAAAUUCUAGAAAGAGAAGAGAUAAAAAAGUUAAAAAAUUAAAAAAUGAUAUUAAAUCUGAUGAAUUGUUUGAAGAAGAAACAGUAGAAAAUGAAGAUAUAAAUGAUUAUGAAGAUGAAAAUGAGGAAGAAGAUGAAGAAAUUGAAAAUGAAGAACAGGAAGAGGAAAAUGUUGACAUUCGAAAAGAAGGAGAAGAAGAUGAGUUAGAAGUAACUGAAGAAACUGAAGAAAAUGAAGACACUGAAAAUGGUGAAAAUAAAAAAGGAGAAAAUAAAAAUAAGAAUGAUUCCAUUAACAAUAAUACAAAAACGAUAUUUUUCAAUAAUCAAAUGGAUUCAUUUGUAUGUUCUAAUGAAUCUUUCAACAAAAAUGAAGAGACAAAUAAAAAUGCUAUUCAAGAUGAGAAUGAAGAAAAUAAAAGAAUAAGUAAUGUUAUAAAAAAAGAAAAUAACACUAACAGUCUGAAAAUUAUAGAAAAUGAAGAAGGAAAAGAAAGUGAUGAAGUAAUAAAUAAAAAAGAUAUUGAUCAGAAAAAAGAAAUUCAAAAUAUUGAUAAUAAAGAAAAUAUAGAAAAUGAAAAUAAAGAUAACAAGGAUGAACAUGAUAAAAAUGAAAUUAAUAAAAAUGAAAUUAAUAAAAAUGAAAAUAACAUAAAUGAAAAUAACAUAAAUGAAAAUAGCAUAAUCCAAGAUGGAAAUGAAAAAAAAAAAAAUGAAAGUUAUAAUGAUAAAAAUGAAGAAAUUAUUGAUGGAAAUAGUUUAACUAAAAAAAUAUUUUUAGAAUGGGAUGAUUUAACUGUUAUAUCGAAGUUACGAAUUGUAAGAAUGCUUUUAAAUUUAGUUCUAUGUCAAAGUAAUAAUUUAAAAAAAAUGUUAAGUAACCAAAAAAUUGAUUACAACAAUGGUUAUUUGGGAAAAAUAAAUAAUGAUAAAUAUUGGUUUAUAUUUAAUGAUACUAUGAACAUUGAAUUUAAAUUAUAUAUUGAAAAGGAAGAAACUGGAGUUUUUGAAUUUAUAUGUGAUGAUGAUGAUGUUUUAUAUAAUAUUGGUAACAAUCUUUUGAAGGAUGCUAAUACAAAAGAUAUUGGUGAAACCAUUAUAGAAAAACAUAAUAAAAUUUGUAGAGAUAAAAGAAAUAGGAGUAGAAUGUUAAAACAACAGAAAAAAUUACUAGCUGAUUUUAAUAUAAAUGAAUCAUUAAUUACUUCAAAAAAGAGACAACAUAAGCAAGUAGAAUACUUUAAUUUCGAUAAUGAUAAAAUGAGGAAAAAAAAAAAUGAAAAUAUUAAUCCUUACUUAUUACAAAAAAAUAAUUAUCAAAAAAAUGAUAGGUCUUUUAGAUUAGCUGCAAGGAAUGCUCAAAAAGGAAAUAUAAUAGAUUUGAAAAACUGGAAAUCUAAUAAUGAUACUGAAAUUUCUGAAAAGCAACAAUAUAUUGAUAGUAGCAUAGAAAAUAGUGAUAGUAUGAAUAUUCUAAAUGAUAAUAAUAUUGUUAAUGAUAAAAAUAGUAACUUUUUAAAAUUAAAAAAUAAUAUGAAUACAAACAACAGUAAUGUUAUUAAAAUUCCACUAAAGAGAGGAAGAAAAAAAAAAUCUGAAAAGAAAAAGAGAGGUAGAAAAAAAAAAAUUAUUGAUGGUGUCGAUAAUAAUAAUUCUAUGCUGUUAGAGAAUAAAAAUAUUAAUGAAAAUAAAAGAAAUGUAUAUAAUACUACUAAAUUAAGAAAUUUGAGUUAUAACAAAAGAACUACAAAACCAGUUGUUUCCAUUAAGUAUGGUACAAGAAGUCAUAAAACUAAUAAAUAUGAAAAUGAAAAAAUUCAAUUAAAUGAAUUUAGCUUAAAUCAAAAUAAAAAAAAUGAAGACUUUUAUAAAAAUAUAGAUCCCAAAUUUUAUAAUUCCAAUAUGAACCCAAAUAAUUUUAUAAAUGCAAAUAUGAGUAAUGCAUAUAGCUUACAAAACAAUGUUUUGAAUAUGAGAAAUAAUAAGUUAAAUAACGGGGGAGCUUAUAAUUUACCAUAUAUGUGUAAUCCACAUUUAUAUAAUCAAUAUUAUAUGUAUAAUGGAAAUAUGUAUAUGCUUAAUAAUGCUUCAGGAAAUAUGUUUAGUCAAAACAAUUGUAAAGAUGUGAAAAAUGAAAAUUUAUUUAUUUCACAAAAUAUUUCAAAACAUAAUUUAAGAAAUGGUUUAGUUAAUAAUAUGAAUAAUUUAAAUGCUAACAUAACAAAUAAUAAAAAUGGCCUAAAUGGAAGCAAUACAGUGAACAGUAUAAAUAGUAAUAUAAAUAACAUGAGUAAUAAUAUGAACAGUAAUAUGAGUAAUAAUAUGAACAUAAUGAAUAAUAUAAAUAAUAUAGAAAACACUAUGAAUAACAAUAUGAAUUAUUUGGAUACUUUAAAUAAUAACCCCAUAAACAAAUACAAUGCCUAUUUGCUUAACAGAAAUUCUAUUAAUAUUCCUAAUCCACUAUAUAAUAACAUGUAUAACUUGAAAUUUCCUUAUAUGAAUAAUGAUAUGAUGAAUUAUAAUUAUAAUUUAAGCAAUUUUCAAAAUAUGAAUUAUGAUAAAAUGAAUAAAAAUGUAUAUAAAAGAUAUUCUAAUUUUGUUAAUUCUUAUCCAUACAAUAAUAUAAAUCCUUACAUGAAUUUCAAUUCUUAUAAUUUGAAUUAUCAAAGAAAUGAUCAGUAUGGUCAGUUUCCAUCACCAAAUUUUAAAAAUAAAUUAAUUAAUCAAAAUAUAUCAAAUUAUCAAAUGCUUAAUUUAAAAAAUAAGAAUGCAAGUAAUGAUAUUUCAAACACACAAAAUAAUGAAAAUUCAUCAAUAAAUCCUUUAAAUGACUUAAAUAAUAAUGAAGAUACACAAGGAAUUAAUAAUUUAAAUAAUGUAAACAGCAUUACUACAGAAAUGAAUAAUUUAGGUAAAAUUAAUGAUAAUACUAAUAACAGUGAUAAAAAUAUAAAUUCAUUAAAAUCUUUAAAUACUUCAGAAAAUUCAAAUAUUUUAAAUAACUCAUGUAAAAUAAUAGAAAAUACUGCUAAUAUAAGUAAUUCAAAUAAUGAAAAUAAUUUAAAUAACUCUAACAAUGAAGAAGAAAGCAACCAAAACAAUAAUUCAAAAGAAACUAGUGAAAAUAUAAAUGAUAAUAUAGAUAACAGUCAACAUAACAGAGUAAAUGAGAAUAACGAUAAUAAUACUGAAAAUGAAAUUAUUAAUAAUCAUAUAUUAAAUGAAAAUAUUCCUCAUGAGAAAGUAAUAGAAAACAUGGAAUGCAAAACUAUUAAUGAAACAUUUAAUAAUGAAAAAAAUGAUAAUGAAGGUAUAGUAGUGUGUAAUGAUAGAAAUGAAAAAUUAAAAAUGAAUAAAAAUACAGAAGCUAAUGGACUUGUCAUUGACAAUUUAUUAAAUAAAUAUGUUUCAUCAAAUGAUAAUAAUGAAAAUUAA